AUGCGCGCUAUAUAUCUCCUUAUCUCGACAGCGAAAGCUUUUCUAUGCCUACUCGUAAGGGCGGAACCUGAAUAUCUAGAAUAUGUUUGGCUAAAGCUUCUACCACACAGGCUGUCUUUUGACAACCGCUUAAGUUUCACUACACAAGCUGCGCAAAAUCAGAAGAAUAGCGUUUCCGUAACCUAUAACUCUGAUAGCCAAGCAGAGGCUUCUAUAUGCACUCUAAGUCCGCCCCUUUUACCUUUCUAUAUAAGUUCUGCUUCGAUAUCGCCGUCACUACCUAUGUCCACCUCUAGCCCAAUACUAGAGUAUAAGCCUAUAUGGCGGGAGGGAUCUCCGAAGUCUCUUUACGCUCGAAGCAGUCAGACAGAUCUAGGCUAUCGUCCCGUCCCAAAGGAUGUCGCUGGCGAAGAUUUAAGAAUUCAAAGCUUGUUUAAAUGGUAUUACUACGCUGAAACCUUUAGGCGUCGCUCGGACGUAGAUCGUCUUAAAUUUAGAUUCUUGAGAAUCUUACUUUACCACGAUUUUGAAGAACUUUGCAUUAAUAUAUAA